UGAAGGGUGUGUACGUUCGUAGUUGGCGGAUCGGGCAAAAGACUCAGAUUGUGGGAAGAUGAGGCUUCUGAAGGUGGCUACGUGUAGCUUGAACCAAUGGGCGAUGGACUUUGAUUGCAACAUGAAGAACAUCAAGGAAUCCAUUUGCAGAGCUAAAGCAGCCGGCGCUGCCAUUCGUCUCGGCCCAGAGCUUGAAAUCACUGCCUAUGGCUGCGAAGAUCAUUUCUUAGAGCGCGACACCAUCACACAUGCAUGGGAGUGCUUAAAAGAGUUAUUGGUUGGUGAUUGGACUGAUGGCAUGCUGUGUAGUUUUGGAAUGCCAGUAUUGAGAGGGGCAGAGAGAUACAACUGCCAAGUCCUGUGUUUAAACAGAAAAAUAGUGAUGAUACGUCCAAAGAUGUGGCUCGCAAAUGGCGGAAGUUGCGGGGAUCUCAGAUGGUUCACAGCAUGGAAGCAGAAAGAGCCACUGCUCGACGAGUUCUUGCUUCCAACUGAUGUAUCUGAAGCUUUGUCCCAGACUACUGUACCUUUUGGUUAUGGAUACAUCCAAUUUCUAGACACAGCUGUUGCAGCUGAAGUUUGUAUGGAACUCUUUAGUCCCGUACCCAUCCACCCCGAACUUGCUUUGAAUGGCGUCGAAGUUUUUAUGAAUGCAAGUGGAAGCAUUCACCAGGUACGAAAGAUGGACCGCCGGCUUCGUGCUAUAAAGGGUGCAACGCAUACCCGUGGAGGCGUUUAUAUGUACAGCAAUCACCUGGGAUGUGAUGGUGGCCGGGUUUAUUACGAUGGAUGCUCUUGUAUAGUUGUAAAUGGCGAUGUGGUGGCUCAUGGCUUACAAUUUUCCUUGAAGGACGUGGACUUGGUAGUUGCCCAAAUAGAUCUAGAUAAGGUAGCCAGUCCCAGAGAUUCUAACAGCAGCUUUCGUGAACAAGCAAGUUGCAAAACAAAAGUUCCCUCAGUCUUUGUACCUUACAAGCUUUGCCAGUCUUUUAAGCUCCACACCUCAGUUUCAACUCCAAUUAAGGUUCAUUGUCCGUAUCCUGAAGAGGAAAUAGCUCUAGGAGCAGCUUGCUGGUUAUGGAAUUAUCUGAGAAGAAGUGGUGCAUCAGGUUUUCUGCUUCCACUCUCUGGAGGGGUUGACAGCUCCUCUGUUGCUGCCAUUGUUGGUCGCAUGUCUCAACUAGUAGUAAAAGAAAUCGCAAAUGGCGAUGAACAAGUCAAAGCAGAUGCUAUGAGAAUUGGGAAUUACAUCGACGGACAGGUUCCGACAGACAGCAAAGAAUUCGCCAAACGCAUAUUCUACACAGUUUUCAUGGGAUCUGAGAACAGCUCGGCUGAUUCAAGAAGACGGUCAAGGGCGCUGUCGGAGGAAGUCGGGUCGUGGCAUCUAGAUGUUUCAAUAGAUAGAGUUAUUUCUUCCUUGCUCUCUUUGUUUCAGACACUUUCUGGAAAGCGAUUGCAUAACAAGGAGAAUGGAGGGACAAAUGUCGAAAACACAGCUUUACGAAAUAUUCAAGCUCGAACAAGAAUGGUCAUCGCAUUCAUGUUAGCGUCACUCUUGCCAUGGGUUCACAACAAGCCAGGUUUUUAUCUGGUCCUGAGUAGCACCACUGCCGAUGAAGGAUUGUGCGGUAAUCUCACCAAGUACGGUUGCAGUUCCGGUGAUCUAAAUCCCAUCGGAAGUAUCAACAAGCAGGAUCUUCGAGCAUUUUUUAGAUGGGCUGCUGAGAAUCUCGGUUACUCAUCUUUAGCAGAAAUUGAAGCUUCUCGCCCAGACGGUGCAUUGGAGUCCACAGGAACCGACCGGCAGGAAGAAUCGGACAUCGGAAUGACAGACGAAGAACUCUCGGUAUACGGAAAACUGCGAAGAAUUUUGCGCUAUGGACCUCUAUCCAUGUUUAAGGAUCUCUGUCAUAAAUGGCAGUCGACGUUAACUCCAGUGGAGAUUGCUGACAAAGUGAAGCAUUUCUUCAAGUAUUAUGCUAGCAAUCGACAUAAGAUGACUGUUCUGACGCCUUCGUAUUUGGUGGAGAGUUAUUCACCUGAGGAUAAUAGGUUCGAUCAACGACAGUUCCUAUACAAUGCAAGGUGGCCUUAUCAAUUCCUAAAGAUUGAUGAACUUGUGCAUCAGUUGAAUGCUGAUGGUAAUGUUACUUUGUCGAUAUUAAUAAAUUGA